AUGACAAGAUUUCUCGGAGUUUUAAAUGGUUUCUUCGGAGGAUGGAUGAAGGGCUGCGUUGAGAGGAGAUGCGAGGGGAACAACCCAGGGCUGAGGAGUCCAGAGUCUAAACAUAAAGACGUUAGCAGACCCCUCUGCUUAAAAAACACGCCGACCCUGCACAACAGUCCGCGUGCCGGGUACCAACCCGGCGGGACCCAUGCACCUUUCUACCCCGCGACCGCGCCAAAUUGUCAAGCCCCAGCGGCGAACGAAAACAAGGUCCACAGCCAGGGGCGCCCACAGCGAGCUCCGGCACAGACGCCCAGGCCCGGAGCCGAUUCUGACAAAGUGGACGCACGUGUUCAGAUCUUCUGUCCUCAUGAAUUUAACUCCACCGUGGAAUUCAGGAGCAGGGUGAAGCAGGCUGCUGAAAACUGGGACCAGCUGGAUUGGGCCAUCGCCACAAAAAGUUACAAAACCAACACUGGGCUGGCGUCAGGCAUCCGAGCCCUAGCACAUGUAGGAUCUUUGUUUCCCAUCCGGGAACUGAACCUGUAG